CCUGGGCGGCCGCGGGCGCCACGCCGGCCUAGGGCUCUCCGCGGGGCGCCGGGGGCUGAGGAGCCUCAGCUCGCCCCGCCGCCGGAGCACUAGAGAGUGCCGGCUUUCCGCCCCCGGUUGGGCCCCGGCGCCUUAAAAGAGAAAUCCUGAGGCGGAGCGAGUACUAGCGGAGUUUACCGGGGCAAGUCUGAGGUCCGCAGCCCCCGGGGCGCGGACUCAGGCGGCCCUGAGUGUCCGCGGUGGAGCAGCCACCUGUAGCUCGUUAAAGGGAAAGAAGAGCCAUUUCUUGCGUUGUUUACAGCGAGUUCACAUCAAAAUAACACAGGUUCCGGAGUGGCCGCCCAGUGCGCUCCGUAUCUCCGAUUCCGGGAAGAGAGAUGAGGGCGAGGCUCUCCCUGGACAGCCGCCCCGGGCAGGGACUCGAGGGAAGUCCGGUGCUCAGUCCGGGGCCUGACCGGUUUUGCAGACCUCUCACCGCUCCCCCUGCCCGGAGCCGUUUUCUGUUCUCAGACCCCCUCUCCCCUGCCAGCAACCCUGUCUGCCCCGCCACCCCGAGGUGGGGCUGGAAGGCCUGUGCCCCGCUCCUGGGAUAGGCUCUCAGUCCCCUCGGGACACAAGGCUGGAACCAUUCUGUUGGAAGGAUUCUAUUCAUUCCUCCUUCUAGUUUAGCCCCAUGAUGUCAUUUUCAUCUGGUCCCCUCAUUCCUCAACUCACCUUCAAUUUACCCAAUUUCUGAUCAAGCUGUCUACUACCAUGGUUGGAUCUUCACCAGGCAAAGCCCCUGGGGGCCGUGGGGCAGGACCAUGGGGUCAUCUUGACUGCGCAGAGCCUGAAGGCCGUGCCCCCCGCGUUUGGAUGAAUGUGCCUGUUAGAAUAGCAUUUACCUUGGCAACAGAGCAUCCUCCCACCUGGGAGAGAGCAGGAUCAGCAACCUGGAAGCCUCUUUGGAAGAGCAGGGCCUCAGAAGUGAGGCUAGAGAAGUGACAGGACAGAUGCCAGUCUAGUAGGCGGCAUCAUGUCCAGAGGGUGCAGCUGCGAGACACAGUCCAGGAAGGAAGACUGCUGGAGAGUUGAAAGCUGGUGUCACCCUUAAAUCGCGAUAUGCAGAACAUAGGAAUUAGUAUAAUGGAGAGUUUAUUCAAGCCUAAAGCUCGAGGAUGGCUACCAGGGGAGUGGAGUGCACAUUCGGGACAACUUGAAUCUGUGCACCCAGGAGCAGAAGCUUUGGGCUCAAAUAAACUGUAUACUUAAUCAAAUUUUGUGACUCUCAUUAUUUGAGGUUGACAUUAUGGCGAUCCAGGAGGUACCCCAAACGGGCCUCUAGCGAUCCCUGCCACUUUGCAAUGGGACACUCUGUACUGGCAUGAACGGCUUUGGCUCACUAGACCACACUGGAGUCUGGACCCUCUGGUAAGGCCCUCUUGGGUGUGAAUCCUCCUGGCAAGCUUGAGGAUUCAGACUUUAUGCAAGCUACACUCAUUCCUAAUGGGGUCGGAACGGAAGCUCUCCUGAAAGAGCACCUCCUGGGCUGGCGGUUUGGGCUGCUGUUUACAGCAAUAGCCUUGCCAGCCUCCCCCAGCCUCACCGGAGAGACACAACAGACAAGGCGGGAGCCGUCCACGCAGAUCAACGUCCUGUUGCAGGGGCACCGUCUUUCCUCCCUCGAAGGGACCGUCACAGACACGCCCCAGAGUCCUCCUGCGAUGUCCCGGGACAGAGCUGAGUCACACUCCUCCGGGUCCCCGCGGUGCCGAAGCCGAACAUGGACGUCACCAUCCAGCACCCCUGGUUCAAGCGCCCGCUGGGCCCCUUCUACCCCAGCCGGCUGUUCGACCAGUUCUUCGGCGAGGGCCUCUUUGAGUACGACCUGCUGCCCUUCCUGUCGUCCACCAUCAGCCCCUACUACCGCCAGUCCCUCUUCCGCACCGUGCUGGACUCCGGCGUCUCCGAGGUCCGAUCUGACCGGGACAAGUUUGUCAUCUUCCUUGACGUGAAGCACUUCUCCCCCGAGGACCUGACCGUGAAGGUGCAGGAGGACUUCGUGGAGAUCCACGGCAAACACAACGAGAGGCAGGACGACCACGGCUACAUUUCCCGCGAGUUCCACCGCCGCUACCGCCUGCCCUCCAACGUGGACCAGUCGGCGCUGUCCUGCUCCCUGUCCGCGGACGGCAUGCUGACGUUCUCCGGCCCCAAGGUCCAGUCCGGCCUGGACGCCGGCCACAGCGAGCGAGCCAUCCCCGUGUCCCGGGAGGAGAAACCCAGCUCCGCGCCCUCGUCCUAAGCGGGCCCCGGCCCGGCCGCCCCCCGCAGCCCCCACCCAGCCCCGGGGGCGUGGCGCGGCGUGGCGAUUGUCUCCCUCCGCUUCCCUUCGCGUUCCCUCCCCGCCUCCUCCCUUGGACCAGGGUUUGAGAGAGUGGCCGGGAGAGCUCAGGGCCUCGGGGCGCCCCGACCCCAACACCGGCCGGGGCGUGGCCAUCUCGCACCUCCUCCGCGGGCAGCCUGGGCUCUGCUGAGAGGUCUGGGGGUGCCCACGCCCGAGAGGACCCCGCCGAGCACCCUGGGGGGCUCUGGGUGCCAGGUCCGCCAGGCGCGACUCACCGCUGGGUGGCCUCUGCUCACGGCCGGCGCUGCCCACGCUGCCCGGGGGGCUGUGCCGAGGCCCGUGCACCUGGGCUCUCUGCUGCCCACCUCUCUCAGACCGCCUCCCCCACCCCUCUGUGUAGCGCCACUCUCGGGGACACCGGUCACCCAUGAGAGUGCAGCCCGUGGCA